AUGCAUCCUGGUAUUCUGGCGAGGCAAGUUCAGGAUGAACUAUCUCUAUAUAAGGAAACCAAUAAGAUCAGUUCAAAGAGUACAACAAAUUAUAUUGAGAGAGGUUCUAACCUGAAGUGGAAGCUGCCUGCUUGGCCAUAUGUCAGAGUAAACUUUGAUGCAGCCUUUCAAAAAGAAGAGGGAAGGAUGGGUUUGAGUGCUAUCGUUAGAGAUUCAAUCGGCAAUGUACAAGCAGUGGUGACAGGCCCAAAGGAUCAUAUCUCCUCAGCUGCCCAAGCUGAAAGUGUUGCUCUUCUUAGAGCUAUGGAUCUUUGCAUAGAGCUUGGCUUCAACCAAGUUUGUUUUGAAGGGGAUGUUAAGGCAAUAGUGGAUGCAGUAAACACCAAAGGUGAAGACAACUCGUGGAUUGGCCAAAUGAUAGAGGAUAUGCAAUUGUUAUUGAGAAUGAAUCAAGCUUGGAGUCUGAGGUUUGUUCAAAGGACAGUAAACAGAGUUGCUCAUAUGACAGCCAAAUUAGCAAUUACGGAUAGCUGUGAAAAAUGCCUUGGCUCAAGGAUGGCCCUCCCGAGGUCUUGA